UAUCUAUUUCUGCUUGAGUUCCUCCACCAUAGUGUCCCUGUGAUGGGGCGUUCGUUAGUGGUUUUGGGUUUGAUUAAUGAAGAUUAGCAGAAUCAUGAGUUUGCUCUUAUCCGAUGUCUCGUUGAAAGAAAGACCAGCACUUGUUCUUGCUGACCAGCUGUCCGGGCCUGGGCUGGGGACUGUUGUCGCCACAGACCUAUCUUUACUCUUCCUGGGCUAUUUGCCCUCCUGUCUCCUUUGCACACUUGGCAGGGGGAGGGGGAUUUGGGCACUGAGGAGGCCGUGCUGAGAAAGGGGAUGCACAGUGACGUUGGAAUCCGGGACUCAGUGGCUGUUCUUCUUUUUCAGGAGCCCCUCGGAGGACCCGGUGUCCGGUGAGCAGGAGGUAAGAGAGAUGGGUGACGGGGAGCCUGGAUCGAUGACAACUCCCAGGACAGAAGUAACCUGCUCAUUUCUCUUUUCUUGCAGACAGUAGGGGCAGAGAUUGGAAAUUUUGCUGACCCGUAAUGUAAGGAGCCCAGCCAGGUCCCCAAGUUGAGCCUGGCUGGGUUUGCAGCCGGAAGCCAUGGGGCCAUGGUGACCUGAGCCCUGAGGGACUCUGUGCAGUUAGCUCCUGCUGUCCCCUUUGCUUCCGCUACCCCAUAUUAAGAGGACUUGAGUCCACCUCUUUUGGAAGCCAACCCUGGGGGCACCCUCUUCCCCUGUUUUCCUGGCCUUUCACCCUCCCAGGACGGUCUGGCCACUAGAGCUCCAGCCUCCCACCCGCUGAGGCGGCGCCCCUUCCUCCUGCCCUUCCCCGUCAUGCUUCAGCUGUGGAAGGUGGUGCGCCCAGCUAGGCAGCUGGAACUGCACCGCCUCAUACUGCUGCUGAUUGCUUUCAGCCUGGGUUCAAUGGGCUUCCUGGCUUACUACGUGUCUACCAGCCCCAAGGCCAAGGAGCCCCUGCCCCUCCCCUUGGGAGACUGCAGCAGUGGUGUGGUGUCCGGCCCUGGCCCUGCGCAGCCUCCACUCCCACCACGGCCUCCCAAGUCUCCAGAAACAGUCCGCACGGAACCUGUGGUCCUUGUGUUUGUGGAGAGCGCCUACUCCCAGCUGGGCCAGGAGAUUGUGGCUAUCCUGGAGUCCAGCCGUUUUCGUUACAGCACCGAGCUGGCACCUGGCCGAGGGGACAUGCCCACCUUGACUGAUCAUGACCAUGGCCGCUAUGUCUUGGUCAUUUAUGAGAACUUGCUCAAGUAUGUCAACCUGGAUGCCUCGAGUAGGGAGCUGUUAGACCAGUACUGUGUGGAGUAUGGCGUGGGCAUCAUUGGCUUUUUCCGAGCCCAUGAGCAUAGCCUACUGAGUGCCCAGCUAAAGGGCUUUCCUCUUUUUCUGCACUCAAACUUGGGGCUCCGGGACUACGAAGUGAAUCCUUCUGCCCCUCUACUGCAUCUCACUCGCCCCAGCCGCCUGGAACCUGGGCCCCUGCCCGGGGAUGACUGGACCGUCUUCCAGUCCAAUCAUAGCACAUAUGAAGCAGUGCUUCUCGCCAGCCUGCGGCCAGCUGAGCCUCCCGUGCCAGGACCAGGGUCUCGUCGGGCCCACCUUCCCACUGUGGUGCAAGACCUGGGGCUCCAUGAUGGCAUCCAGCGGGUGCUGUUUGGCCACGGCCUUUCCUUCUGGCUCCACAAACUUGUCUUUGUCGAUGCUGUCGCAUACCUCACGGGCAAGCGUCUCUGCCUGGACCUGGACCGCUACAUCCUGGUAGACAUCGAUGACAUCUUUGUGGGCAAGGAAGGUACCCGGAUGAAGGUGGCUGACGUGGAGGCUCUGUUGACCACCCAGAACAAACUCAGGACCUUAGUCCCCAACUUCACCUUCAACCUGGGCUUCUCGGGCAAGUUCUAUCACACUGGGACAGAGGAGGAGGAUGCAGGGGACGACAUGCUGCUGAAGCACCGCAAAGAAUUCUGGUGGUUCCCUCACAUGUGGAGCCACAUGCAGCCACACCUGUUCCACAACCGUUCCGUGCUGGCUGACCAGAUGAGGCUCAACAAGCAGUUUGCACUGGAGCAUGGGAUUCCCACGGAUCUGGGGUAUGCUGUGGCCCCCCACCACUCGGGCGUGUACCCGAUCCACACGCAGCUCUAUGAAGCCUGGAAGUCUGUGUGGGGCAUCCAGGUGACCAGCACCGAGGAGUAUCCCCAUCUCCGCCCCGCCCGCUACCGCCGAGGCUUCAUUCACAAUGGCAUUAUGGUGCUGCCCCGGCAGACUUGCGGCCUCUUCACUCACACCAUCUUCUACAACGAGUAUCCCGGAGGCUCUCGGGAACUGGACCGGAGCAUCCGAGGCGGAGAGCUCUUUUUGACGGUGCUGCUUAAUCCGAUCAGCAUCUUCAUGACCCAUCUAUCCAAUUAUGGGAAUGACCGGCUGGGCCUGUACACCUUUGAGAGUCUAGUGCGUUUCCUGCAGUGUUGGACACGGCUGCGCCUGCAAACCCUUCCUCCUGUCCCUCUUGCCCAAAAGUACUUUGAGCUUUUCCCUGAGGAGCGAAGCCCGCUUUGGCAGAAUCCUUGUGAUGACAAGAGGCAUAAAGAUAUCUGGUCAAAGGAGAAGACUUGUGACCGGCUCCCCAAGUUCCUCAUUGUGGGACCCCAAAAGACGGGUACCACGGCUGUCCACUUCUUCCUGAGCCUGCACCCAGCCGUGACCAGCAGCUUUCCCAGCCCCAGUACCUUUGAGGAGAUUCAGUUCUUCAACGGCCCUAAUUACCACAAGGGCAUUGACUGGUACAUGGACUUCUUUCCCGUCCCUUCCAAUGCCAGCACGGACUUCCUGUUUGAAAAAAGUGCCACCUACUUUGACUCAGAAGUUGUGCCACAGCGAGGAGCAGCCCUUCUCCCACGAGCCAAGAUCAUUACCGUGCUCACAAACCCUACUGACAGGGCCUACUCCUGGUACCAGCACCAGCGAGCACAUGGAGACCCAGCUGCUCUCAACUACACCUUCUACCAGGUGAUUUCAGCCUCCACCCAGGCUCCCCCGGCCCUCCGCUCCCUGCAGAACCGCUGCCUCACUCCUGGCUACUACUCCACCCAUCUACAGCGCUGGCUGGCUCACUAUCCCCCUGGACAGCUGCUGAUUGUGGAUGGGCAAGAGCUGCGUACCAACCCAGCAGCCUCCAUGGAGAGCAUCCAGAAGUUCCUGGGUAUCACACCCUUUCUGAACUACACACGGACCCUCAGGUUUGAUGAAGAGAAGGGAUUUUGGUGCCAGGGACUUGAAGGUGGCAAGACUCGUUGUCUAGGCAAAAGCAAAGGCCGGCGGUACCCAGACAUGGACACUGAGUCCCGUCUUUUCCUUACGGACUUUUUCCGGAACCAUAAUUUGGAGCUUUCGAAGCUGCUGAGCCGGCUUGGGCAACCAGUGCCCUCAUGGCUUCGGGAAGAACUGCAGCAUUCCAGUGUGGGCUGAGGUGCCAGCCUCCUGCACCAGCAGAAAGCUCCCACCUCCCUAAGGAACAAGGCCAGAGCAGGACCCACAGGGGGAAAUCAGAGUGGCCUGGGUCUUCCGCCUUCUACCUCAGUGGCCCCCAGACCUGGGAUGUCUGAGAAGGGAAGGAUAUCCCUGUUACACAGCGCUGGGGCCUAACAAAGGGGCUUCUUCUGGUACCCCACAUCAUGGUACUGGGCACAUUUGACUCUGGGAGGUGAGGAGUACGAGGGUCCAGGCAGGAUGUAGGACAAAGCAGAAGUCUUGCGACUUCUCUCAUCAUCCCAGCAGUAUUGUCUGCCCCUGGCUACAAGAGGUACUGCUUGCUGGGGCCCCUCGAGUCAGGUGGGGGGAUCUACCUGUGGCCUGGCCUCCCUAAUGUCAUUCACAUUGAAUGGGGAUGAGGUCGGACAGUGGCUCCUAGAGCUGAGUAUGAGCCCUAGCGGUGGGCUAGAAAUGUCUUUAAUAAACAACCUUAUUUUUC